AUGAAGGUUCUUGAAACCCUCGCCUGCGCUACUGCGCUCCUGCCCCUUGCAGCCGCAGACUGGCAAUUCAAGACCCGCACGGACCUUGCACCUCCCCGUCUGAACAUCACCAUCCCAGCCACCAUCGACGUGGAAAAGGGCUAUCUUUUCGUAGCUCCAUUUCCCGGUCAGUUCGUCGAUCCAGAGCACCAUGGUCCGCGCCAGGAAGGCCCUUACAUCUUCCGGGAUGAUGGUGAACUCGUCUGGUCUGGAUACACGUACUACUCUAUAUGGGCGGCGAAUUUCCACAAGGGACAGUGGAAGGGCCAGGAUGUUCUGUAUAGUUUCGAGGGUGAUCAUAACCCGGCUUAUGGUCAUGGCCAUGGCCAUGCUACGAUUCUGAAUAAUCGCUAUGAGACAAUUCGCGAGUUGCGGGCUGGAAAUCAUAAAUUCAUGGAUAAGCAUGAGCUACAGGUUAUUGAUGGAAGGACUGCAUUGAUUCAGGUUUAUCAGCCUGUUCCAACGGAUCUGAGUAAAUGGGGUGGGAGUGCAGAGCAGCAAUGGAUUGUUGAUGCUAUUUUUCAGGAGUUGGACAUUGAGACUGGUGAGCUGCUUUUUGAGUGGUCAAGUCUAGAGCAUGUCAGCCCGGAUGAGGCGGUCCUCCCCUUGAACCCAGGUCAGGCUGGUGCCGGAUGGAACUCGUCUGAUGCAUGGGACUACUUCCACAUCAACUCUGUCGACAAAGAUGCAGCCGGCGAUUAUCUGAUAUCCGCUCGCGAUGCCUGUGCCGUUCACAAGAUUAAUGGUGCCACCGGAGAGAUUAUUUGGCGGCUAGGUGGUUUCAAGUCCGACUUUGAACUUGGUGCCAAUGUCGCAUUUUGCUUCCAACAUCAUGCGCGCUUUGUCUCACGCGAUGGUGAUGAAGAGGUCAUCUCACUGUUUGAUAAUUCUGCUCAUGGAACAGAGAACCACCGUGGUCAUGAAGUCCACACACAUCCCAUCUCGCAGGGAAAGAUCAUCACUGUUAACACUGCUACUUGGACCGCGGAAGUUAUCCAAGCAUUCCAGCCUCCCGAUGACCUUCUCGCCAAGUCGCAAGGAAGUACUCAGCUCCUGCCUAAUGGCAAUGCGUUAGUCAAUUGGGGCUCUGAAGGCGCAAUGACCGAGUUCACAUCGGACGGUACCCCCAUAUUCCACGCCUAUAUGGAUUCGGAUUUGCUCGGUGAAGGUGUACAGAACUAUCGCGCGUUCCGGUUCAACUGGACCGGUCUUCCCACUGAAGAGCCCGCCAUUGUGGCGCAUAAGACACCCUCUGGUAUGGCCGUGUAUGUCUCCUGGAAUGGUGACACCGAGACCGUCGCUUGGCGCAUCUAUGCUGUGACGGACGAUUAUGGGUCGCGAUUGUUCCUAGGUGAAGCUGAGCGCAGUGGAUUCGAGACCUCGCUGCUGCUAGCUGUUCGUGGCUAUACGCAUGUAGCCGCUGAGGCGAUUUCCGGUCAAGAUCGCGUCUUGAGAACCACGCAGGUAACUCGUGUUCAGGAUCAAGUUCUGCCCCUUGGUGCUCCCAGUGCUGGGACUGUUGUCUUAGCUUCGGCCGGCCGGUGGCAAAUGAAGCCAAUUGUGUUCCAGGCUUAA